UAAACCGGUUCGAAGAAAACCGGAGAAAAACCGGUUUUUAUACAUACCGAUAAAUACCGGUUUUUAUUUAAGAAUACCGGUUUUUUACGCUUUACAUUCACAGUUCACACCAGUGCUACCAGAUCAAAUAUACAAGCUACAAAUAUUAAAAAAACCGUGUUUCAGAAUCAAAUUGCCGUGCAUUACAUUUAAAAACUACAGUGCAAUAACCACAAUAUGGUUGGUAGACUUUUAGCGUACGAAAUGAGGACCGUGACCCAAAUACCCACAUAUCUGCACCUAACACUCAGAAAUGGCUUUCGCCAACCACAGCACAUGUUGUCUGCAAAAGAGAUGGUGCAUCGUGAACUGGGGAAUCUUCUUGAAGAAUUUUCAACUCUCGGUUUAUCAUCGGAACAGCCAGAAAAAACCACAAACAAUUUUAAAAAGCCUGGUAUUCUGGAUUUUUUGCGUUCGCGAAAACGGCAUAUUCCGAACGCCACGGCGGCCGCAGUGAAUAUAGUGCGAAUGUAUAUUGAGACUGAAGCCGCCACAGUAAACCACACCGAAAUUGCUGGCACUAAACCACACCGAAAUUGCUGGCACGUGCUAACAUCCAGAAGGAGCAGGCUUCUGAAUGACGCAGUGGACCAACUAUGCCUCUUACAUCAAAAUUUUGGUUUAAUACAAUAGUAUUAAAUCAAAAAUAAAAAGCUUUUUAUUAUUGGAUAAUAUAUAUGAUCUUUAAA